CGUCGCGACGCACGUGUAUUUAUAUCUCUCGCGAUUCUGGUGUGAUGUGUUUUCCUGAAAAGUUCCAACGCCAUCGGAGAAGCGAAUAUCGACUUGACAGCUCGAGUGUGUGAUCCGUUCGAGUACUUCGCUGGAUUUUCUAAUGAGCCGGCAGGGUGUGUGUUGUUGACGUCGCUUGACUGGAAGUAAAUUGCGUGACAUUAAUAAUAUUCAUCUGGACGUGUUAGUGGGCUGAACUCCCGAACUGUGGCUCCUGUCCGGCCUCCGGCCGAACGACAUGAAGCAGGGACAUCUCUAGCCAAUUGGACUUCCUUAUUCCCAGGGCGCAACAUGCAGUUCUCUGUUUGGCACUUUUAUCUGAUAUUGUUGUUACUCCAUACAAUGGAAGACGUGUCGGCCUGUUCCCCGUCUUGUUCGUGCAAAUGGAAAAACGGAAAACAAACCGCCGAAUGUUCAAGCAAAAACCUGACGGAGAUCCCUGAGGGUAUGGAUCCCGAAACGCAAGUGCUCGAAUUCUCGAGUAACGAUCUUCAGCAACUGCCCAAAGAAUUGUUCGUACGAAAACACCUACUCAAUCUACAAAGGCUCUACUUGGCGAACUGCAAGCUCAGGACCAUACACAAGGACACAUUCAAAGGACUGACGAACUUGGUGGAAAUGGACUUGUCGCACAAUUUGUUGGAGGCCGUGCCGACCGCGGCGUUUAUGAACUGCCCGUCUUUAAUGAAGUUGACGCUCAGCUCGAAUCCCGUGGGGUCGGUAAAGAAGCUGGCAUUUAAUCACUUGUCUUAUCUCAAUACGUUGGAGCUUAGCGGUUGCGAGAUUGCUGAAAUAGAGGAAGGCGCUUUUCAAGGACUACAUAGUCUAGAGUGGCUCCACCUAGAUUCGAACAGAUUGAGGCACAUAAAGGGUCAUACCCUGCCGGAAAACUUAAAAGGUAUCGAACUACAAAAAAAUCCCUGGACAUGCGACUGCCACAUCAGAGAUUUCUAUGCAUGGCUGAAUAAUUUUCAUAUACCGUUUUCGGUAGAACCAAUUUGCAUGGAGCCUCCCCGUCUAAAAGGGUCGUACAUCAAAGCAGUGAAAGUCGAAGAGCUGGCCUGUUUGCCGGACGUUUCCCCGACGACGUUUUACCUGGAACUCGGAGAAGGGAAAAACAUCUCCUUGUUAUGUCAUAUUCGUGCGAUCCCUGAGGCUACGGUUUCGUGGUGGUUCGAAGGCCAGCUGCUUCAGAACAAUUCCAAAAUCGCUCCGGGAGUACACCUCGUCUACUACAUCGAGGAGGGAACUGAUAACAAGCGCAGUGAACUCUUUAUUUACAACGCCAACGUCCAGGACAAUGGCACGUUUAUUUGUAGCGCGGAGAACAAUGCUGGUACUACCCAAUCUAACUUCACAAUCAGGAUAAUUCUCAAGGAAGAUCCGGUGGUGAUAAUAGUAUCAUUUCCGCUAGACUACUUAUUAAUAUUGGUGGCUGCUGUGUCUGUGUUCGCGUUAGUGACCAUAAUUAUAGUGACUCUGUGCUUAGUUAGGUGUCACCGGAAGACCAACAGAGAGAAAAAGAGAAGUCAGACUAAAGAGGCCGCCUUGCAUCUGCAAAAUAAUCAAAAUACCACCAACGGAGAGAAGGCCAACUGGGCCAACAAAACCGCCUCUCCAAGACUCGAUCAGCAACUGAAACUCAACAAUUUAACCCCCGUCGCGACUGCGACGACGUAUACGGAAACCGAAGAAGUAGUUUUAUACGGAAUAAGACAUUGCGACGACCCCUUUAACAGCGGUUUGUCGCCUGUGAGGGCUGCAAAUCGGAACCAAAACCAAAUCGUAAGUCCAUCAUCUCUCCGAAGAUAUCAGUUGGAGCAGAAUCCAGAUCUGAUAAAUGGUACAGAAAGCAUUGGGUGCAGGCGGGAGGGUGACGGUGAAGACGGACGAAUGGUGGUGGAAGGAGUGCCACACCCCGCCGGUGCGGGGCAGGGGAUGACGUGUCUGAGAGCCGCCGGCGGCGUGGAGAUUUACACCGGGGAUAAUGGCGCCCCACGAAAUGUGAGGCACAUUGUCGAUCGAGAAGGAUAUCCACUCGACUACGGUUUACCGAAGAUGCCCUGCAGCGUUCCCUGUAAUGAAGCUUAUUACCGUACGCUUCCGUGCAGCAGGAUGAAGCGCCAUUCGGCUGCGAAUCCCCUGAAGAGGUACUCGAGAGAAGUCGAGUUUUUAUCGAGGAGUGUCGAUUCGCCUUAUGAUCAUUAUCACACCGAUAUCAGAUAUACUGCCGACGGAUAUCCAGUGCGCCAGCAGGUCGCAUUGCCGUCGGCUGAUACGACGCCGCCGUCUUCUCUACCCUGCUGCUCCGCAAAAUGGCCGCCAUAUUUGCCCGCGAAUCCCCAAAACAUACCGAGCGUAUCAAAAAGAAGCGCCAGUGCUCAAACCGACACCGAAGAUGAAUGUGAUAGUGUCACCUACAGUGCUGUGAACAAAAACGACUCGGCGGCGAUGCCAAAUGCUCAAAAUGUCGUGGUAAACGAAGUGCUGACUGAAAGCCCGGAUGAGGGGUACGAGGGAGAGCCUUCUGUCGUGUAGCGCGAGUGAGUUAGUUAAGUUUGCGCAAAAGAAAAUUAUCGACACUAACGUGUCGUUGGGCUUGUUACACGUGAUCAGUGUCUCGAACGAGUAACUAAGUUUGAGACAUUAAGGAAGGAUUAUUGAACUUUAAAACUUUGCAAUUCGCCUGGACUGGAUAUAUUUGAAGUUCGGGAAACAGGAGAUGCAAUAAAAUGUUACGGGAUUAGAAAAUGGUAACAGGGCACAAAACAAAAAUUUCCACCAAGCGUUUUUUUUUUAAAUAUUUAUUGUUAUUAAAUGACAAGGAAAGGUGAUUAGUAAUAAUUUUGCCACUAUUAUUGACCCCUCUUUUUCAAACUUCAAUCAGAAGCGUUUUUAAAAAAUUUUAAUGUUCCAAAUUACUCAGUGGCUAUUAUUUUGAUAUACAGAGUGCCGCAUCCAAAAUGCAUUAUAUACAGGCUGACAAGGAACUUUUUGUCAGGGAUACAACUUUUGAGGCAAAAUGCAUUUCGACCCUCUACGUGAGUGUGUCAUCUCGCAAUUUUUGAGUGUCAACGGUUAGUUUUUGAAAAUCAUUCACAACUUUUGAAAAUUAUGUCUUCGAAAUACCAACCAUUCGUUGGAUCAAAAAGUUAAAGAUCGGUUUGAUUUUUCUUAAAAACUCCUCUGCGUAUUCGUCAAAUAAAUCCUCGAAGUGUCUACCAACGAGCAUACAGUGAUACAUUCUACAACAUGCUGAGUGCGCUAAACUUUUUUUUAUAUAUCUCCACAAAAGGCAAUUUAAAAGAUUAAAUUUAGGUCUUCAUCCUGUCCAAAGUCCUGGAAACGUGAGUUAUGACCUUUUUAGAAAUAAGUUCUUGUUGAUUUUAUGCAGGAUUCGUUCUCUUACCAACCGAGACAUGUAACUCCUGGGGUUGUGGGUUGUUUGAUGUCUAGUAGAAAAUCCUUGGUUUCAUAUCAUCCCAGUAAUAACAAUUGCGGCCAUUCAUUAAACCAUUCAAAAAGAAAGUGCACUUCCCAAAAAACAAUAGGAAAUUGUCAUUAUUAUUUGCUCAUUUAAUGGGUUUAAUCAGUUGUCUGCAUUUAGGUGGUAAUGUUCAAUUGUCAGUAAAAUUAAAUUUAUUUUUGGCUUUUUGUGAAACGUAUUGAUGGGAUUUCAAAGGUUAAACAAUGACAUCCUCACUAAAGAAGUUGAAUGUUUUGCGUCAAAAGUUGUCGCCAUGACAAACAAAUUUGAAUUUGGUUAUGCCAAUAAGUUUUUUCCGAGUCAGUUUUUUCACAGUUCACAUCCAAAUCUAUUGUUAUUAUUUAUUUAACUGAAAAAACAAAACAUAGAUAUAGAUUCAACGACUUUAACAAUGUAUUAAGUAUUAUUUGUUUGUUGAACUGAUAUCACUGUUGCUUCUGAUCGAUGUGGCUGUUAAAUUGGUAUUUGGUAUAAUAAUAAAAUAAUCAUGUUGAACUUGGAACACUGCCGAACAAUGACGAUAUGCAAUUAAUUACAGAAAUGUAGGCAUUUACGGCUGAAAAGUGUGUGGAUCGUGCCAUUUAUAUUCCAACAAUGAUAAUUAAUAAACAGUAUUCAAAUGUGUGAUAAUUUAGCGAACAAUCGGAAAAUCCCAAGUAGGACAGUUGAAAGGUUUGUUAUACAGGGUAAUAGAACUAAGAAGAAUAAUACAAUUUGUAAUAUCUCAAAAUGAACGACAAUGUAUUAAACUAGUCAAGAAAAACCUUAGAAAUAAUGUUAAUGUGGAAACUUAUGUGUAGUAGGCAAAAAGAUGAUAUAGUUGUCUAUAUCAAUAAAUUAUUAUAUACUCUGUUAGACGUUCUGUAGAAGAAUUCCGACGUACUGUAUGUUAUUAGACUUUUGUAAUAUAAAUUAUUUUUUAAGAA